CUCCCUGAAAAAAAUACAAUAAAAUAAUAAGAUGUUCUCUUAUUGUAUCUAAUGCCAAGGAGAAACAAACAGAACAUUUUUAUCAAGCACGGAUAACGGAAAUCUGAAGUCACUGUCCUUGAGCAAAACAAUGAACACAACAGCAAAGGGAAUUUUAUGGUCAAUCCAAAGCUAUUUUUGCUUCCCUUUUUAUCUUCUUCCAUGUAACGUUUUUGAGAUUGAGAUAUGAUUUCAAAUAGUCCCAAAUUUCAAGACAAAGUAAACAGAGUUGAAAAUAAAUUUACUUUCCAUGUUUAUGCAUUUCUUACCGCAUGCCUGCAUCCCUAGUUUUUAUAGAAAAAAGGAUUUCUGUGAGUUUGUCAUAGAGUGGCUUGCAAAGUUAUUCACACCGUUUUAACUUUUUCACAAUUUGCCAAGAUACAAUCACAAACUUUAAUGUAUUUUACGGAAUCUAAUGUGAUAGAUUCUUAACACAAAUGGUGCAUAACUGCGUAGUGAAAAUAAAAUAAAACAUUAUUUUCAAAUUGUUUUGAAAAAUAAAACCUUGGGAAGUUCAGUAAGCAUUUGUACUCAGCUUCCUUUACUCUGAUUACCCUAAAUAAAAUCCAAUGUGACCAACUGCCUUCAAAGCAUAAUACCACUCCAGCAGGUUAAUCUUAACGUAAAUCCAGCUAUUUUUGAAGGUAUUAGAGGUUGGAAUUAUUUAUAUUAUAUUUGUGAGCAAAUACCAUCAUGAAGAUCAAGGUUUCAAACCAAACAGGUCAGGGAUAAAGCAAUGAAGGAGUAUAAAUCAGGUAUAGGUAGGCAAUGAAACAACACACUAAGCUUUCAGCAUCUCAAGGGGCACUAUUUGAUCCAUUAUAAAACAGAGACUGUGUGGGGCAACUGUACAUCACCAAAACAUGGCCAUCCACCUUAAGACAUUGCAAGGUGAAUUUUAAAAAAGCAGACAGGAAGAGAGAGAUACAACAAACAUGUGAAAAAAGUUUCUCUGCUCUAAUGAGACCAUAGGUUAAGUUUUGGCAUAAAACUACCACUGCACUUCACUCUGGACCACCAUCCUCUGUGAAAUAUGCUGAUGGCAGCAUUAUACCGUGUGGAUACUUUUCUUUAGUGGGGAUGUUGACAAGAGUUGUUAGAAAGAUUGAUGGAGCCAUUGAAGUUCAGUCGCCUGAUGUAUAAACAUUGCUGACUUUUUUCGACUUUUCCUUUACACAGCUUGUGUUGUUUUACCACUGAAAAUCCCAUUAAAAGCACUCUUGAGUUAGUGAUUAACGUUAGUAAAUGUAAAAUAGUAAGCAAAAAAGUUCAAGAUGCUAUUAUCACAAGGAUUUUGAACCGGUUACACAAGAAUGGCUAAACAUAAUUUCCACUUAAGUGGAUGUAAAAAGUCAUUGCCUGUGGAUAUUCUUGGUAAAGUCCACUGCUUAACAGAGUUAUCAAACCAUGAAGAUGCACUAAAGAGUUUGUUCUUUGGCUGUUUGUAAAACAUUAAUAUGCGUUUCUGAAACUCUAAAGGCGGUUACAGCUGACGCCCAAGAAAAAAACAGAAAAACAGGUGGGACAGAAAGAUUUGCUUUCAGCUCUGACCUCUCAUGUCCGUGUCACUUCCGUGUUCCGCUCACCUGUUACACCUGUGUCACAGCGCUGGUCCUCAUAGGUACGAGUCUCACAGCUCCGCCGGUGCGCACCUGUUCUCCUAUUGUGCCAUGACUGAGGGAUUUACCGAAUGUGACUUAACAUGCUCGUCUCCUACUACAUCUGUGGAGACCUUAAAUGCCGUGGCAUGCCUGAAAAUUGAUCCCGAGCAGCCCAUUUUCUCUGUGCUGACCGGCGGUAUGAAGGAGCAGCAGCCGAAGCAGGAGGAGGCGGACAUUGCCGUGCCCCAUCAGAGCACCUGCGGCGGGGGAGCUACCUCACCGACGUCCGCCGCCUCUGACACCGAGUCCGGCAUCUUCUCCGUGGAAAGCGAGGUCUGCGCGGAGCACGACUCCGAGCUGGACUGGUUCUGCGCCACGGAGCAGAAACUCAUCUGUUCCCGCUGCGCCAACUCGGGCCCCUGUCGGGAACACAGCGUGGCCCCGCUGGCCCGCAGAGUCGGCGUGGUCAGGAACCAGCUGGUGGAUGUGUGUGAAAAAAUCCAGCUGCAGGCCCUGGGGAUAGAGAAGUUCAUCCAGCAAACACUGGCGGCCAAAGAGCAAAAGCUGCAGGCGUCGGCUAGCAGGGCGAGGGAGCAGGUGCUCGCGCAGGUCGCCGCCGCCCGCGAGGCCCUGGAGGAGGAGGAGCAGCGCCUCCUGGAGCAGGUGCAGAGGGAGGAGGAGCGGGUGGAGCAGUGCCUCCUCACUCAGAGAGCUCACUGGAACCACGCUCUGACGAGUCUGUCGCAAACACGCUCCCGCUUGGUGCACACGCUGACGCACGCUGGCGACGCACAGCUGGUGACCAGUGUCCAAGAAAUUGCUGAAAGGGUGGAGGAAGCUGAAGGAGUCGGGAAGCCCUGUGACACCGACCAGCUCAACUUGAACCCAGCCUGUAUCGACAGCAAGCUGCUGAGGGGCCUCUGGGCGACUGCUCUGCUGCUGGGGCCCAACGCUUAUGGAUCACCUCUGUUAAAGUUUGAUGAGCGCACAGUCAGCCCACUCCUCUCCCUCUCUGAAGACCUACGCACUUUGACUUUCCUCCAAAAGAAGCCCCGCCAGUCUCUCCCGUACGACCCGGCUCGCUUUGACUCCUGGCCCAAUGCUUUGGGAUCUCUGUCCAUGUCCUCUGGCACCCACAGCUGGAUAGUGGACGUCGGCAAAAGUGGCGCCUUUAAGAUCGGGGUCUGCUACUCCUCUCUGGAGCGCAAAGGUUCUGAGAACGAGGCUCGGCUAGGCUACAACAGUAAGUCGUGGGUGCUGUCCCGCUAUGAUGGCGACUAUUCCUACUGCCACGCAGGGAAGAAGGUUCCCCUGCAGGUGGUGACGAGGCCCCAGCGGAUCGGCCUGCUGCUGGACUGGCUGAGCCAGACGCUGCUGUUUUACGAGCCCGACUCUGGUUCUGUGCUGCACUCUGUCACUCAGCCCUUCAACGCGCCGCUGCUUCCGGCGUUUGCUGUGACUGACCGCAGCAUCACCAUACUGCACUGAAAGACCACAUGAGUGCACAAAUGUUGAAAAGCAGAAGGGAGAGACAUUUCUGUAUCAUAGAAAUAUGAUGUGCAGGUGAACAGGAGCUCUGUGCAAUAAUGAAAACUUCCAACUGCAUCAGUUUUUUAUUUAUUCAAAUUUUUUUUCUAAUUACUUUUGUAUUAUUUUUAAUCAUUUUUUAUGCUUAUUAUUUUUAUAUGUUGAUUAUAUUACAUUGUUGUACUGUUGUAAUUAUCCAUUAGGAAAUUAUUUUGACUGAAAAUUAUUGUUUUUUUAAUAGAAAGAUUGUCUUUGUAAUAAGAAAACAGAAUAGAUUUUUAUUUUGUAUUAUGUAACGCUUUUAAACGUUAUAGAUAACAACAAUAAGACUGGUUGAUCCAGACUUUUAAAAUCACAGAGCUUGAACACUUGACUACUAAUUUAAUCCUGUUUACCUUAUGAUUAGUAAAGUGAUUAUUGCUGUUUCA